AUGGUAUUUCUACGGUCUCUAUCUCGUCAUCUAUGCAGCCCCGCCUCCUCCCUGUUCGCGGGCAGAUCUAGAGGCGCCUCUGGCAUCCCCCGCGCCGCCUCUGCUUCGCCUCAGCUUUACAAUGUGUCAUCACUGUUGCCCCGUCUUCUCCCUCUAUCUGGAGUUAGAACACUGACUGCAUCUCCUAAACUUCAGGGUAAAGUUUUGUUGGUUUUGUACGAUGGAGGUGAACACGCGAAGCAGCAGCCCGGUCUGCUCGGGACCACUGAAGAACGAGCUGGGGCCUGCGCAAGUGGCUAG